AUGGCACGCAAAUUGAGCCACCAGAGGGUCACGUAUGUGCUUCCUCUGCCUGAUGCCCCCGGUGGGCACCGGCUGGGAGUUAAUGGGUUGACCGUUGACUCUCAAAACUCCAUCUUGUAUUCCGCGGGCCGCGACGGUGUCAUCUGUUCAUGGGAUCUCGACUUCCCUCAAACCCCUUUCCACACGUCAAACCCAUACGCAAAUUCUACUCGACAACCGGGCCCAACUCGCUUCAAGACCCAAGUCCAGGCCCAUAGUCACUGGAUCAACGAUAUCGUCUUGACCCAAGGCAACUCCGCACUUGUCUCCGCAUCGUCCGACACUACUGUUCGCCUCUGGCGACCGCACUCGGAAUCGACAGAAGUCCCGGAGCGCAUUGGAAAACAUACAGACUACGUCAAGGCAUUGGCCAGCCCUGGUGGCCAGGCUAGCUGGGUUGCAUCGGGCGGACUUGACCAUAAGCUUUACUUGUGGGAUCUGAACGGAGGCGGAGAAAUUUUGAGUAUUGAUGCUUGUGAUGAUGAUGCGACCGAGAAGGGUUCUAUCUAUGCUUUGGGAGCGGGCUCCUCGGUUCUUGCCAGCGGCGGGCCGGAGAACGUUGUCCGUGUCUGGGACCCCAAAUCAGGAAAACUGAUAACAAAGUUCGUCGGUCAUACAGACAACGUUCGGGAUAUUCUGAUCAAUCAGACGGGUGACACUAUCAUGACUGCUUCGUCAGACCAGACUAUCAAGAUAUGGUCUCUCACCGCAGGUCGUUGCAUGAACACCCUGACUAUGCACAAUGAUAGCGUCUGGUCUCUUUACUCGGACCAUCCGGAUCUCUCCGUCUUCUAUUCUAGCGAUCGCUCAGGCCUGGUUGCCAAAACUGACACCCGGCGCUCGUCGGAUGUGGAGCAAGGUGUUUGCGUGGCAGCACUCCAAGAGCAUGAAGGUGUAGUGAAAGUUGCGGUAUGCGGUGAUUUUAUCUGGACAGCUACACCGAAGUCGAGCAUAAACCGCUGGAAGGAUAUCGACACUACGCUUGAGAUUGAGUCGCCUCCGGAACCCGUUCGCAACAUCGACUCGACUGCUACUGAACAGGCAACUGAUAAGACAAAGAAGAUUCCGUACAGUGCAGUGCUUCAGCUAUCAGCAACGUCAUCUCUUCUGGGGAGCUCUCCUUCGUCGAGAGUCCAUACUCCGGAGCCUGAUAUGGGAUCCGAUAUUGUGUCAAUGCCCGUACAUUCGCAACCGGAGGAGAGCAUUGAAGGACAGCAUGGUUUGAUCAAAUGCUUGAUGUUGAAUGACAGAAAGCGGACGCUCACGCAAGACUCAGCGGGAGAGGUUGUCCUGUGGGAUUUGCUUAAGUGUGUUCCUGUGCAAGCCUAUGGCAAGCGUCAUAUCGAAGAUGUUGCCGAUCAAAUCAAUACAACAGAGACUAUUGCCCAUUGGUGCACAAUCGAUAUCCGCACAGGCCGACUUUCUGUGAUCCUGGAGCCAAAUCAUUGUUUCGAUGCUGAGGUCUAUGCAGACGAGGCAGGCCUAUCAGAUGCCGAUCUUGCGCUAUUCCGCGAUGACCAACGAAUCAACCUUGGAAAAUGGAUUUUGCGCUGGCUGUUUGCUCCCUUGGUAGACGAGGAGAUUCGACGGGAUAGUGAAUAUCGUGAGACUGCCAUUUCUAAGGCAGAGGAACUUGCAGGGCCCAGCCUUCACGCUACAUCCGGUCCCGGCGAUGAUAUUCCCCGCAGCGUCGGAAUUCCUAUCUCGCAGGAUCCCUCCAAGACGACCUUGCGUCCAAACUCGGAUUUCCCGGGAAGCCCCAACACCGGGGGCUUCGGCAUAAAUGCUGGCACGCCAUCUUCAGCAAACUAUCUCAGCACCUCGAUGGCCAGCAGCGUUUCCCCGUUCCCUAACUUUGAUCCAGAUACCCCAGAAGCUUUACCAAACACCGAUGCCAUGCCACCUUCAUUUUCCGACAAAUCCGACUAUUUUUCGUCGCGGAUGGCCCAGGACAGCGACAAACCACCCAUGUCUCCAUCUGAAGGUAAUCCAACCGCAGGACUUCCACAGUCCCCGGCAGAGCCGGACAAGGAAGAACGCAAGAAGGGUAGCCUGUUUGGCAAGAAAUUCCGUAUGGAUAUCAAGAAGCUGGGUCGAACAUCUACGGAUCAGAAGCCACAGAUCCCGGAAGAAAAGGUCGAGGAAUCAGAAGUAUCAUCCGUCAAGGAGGAGAAGGUGUACGACCCCAAUAUCAGUGGUGUCAUUGAUCGCAUUCGUCAUGAGUAUGAUGAGUUCCUAGCCACGAGCCAUAGUCGAGAAUUGGUGACAGCCAUCACUCCCAGCGCAACGAGCGAGACUCCCCGUCUUUAUAUCCCAUCUCGAACCGCUGUCUUCAUCCAAGAAGAGACAGGCGAUACUGCUGUGGCCUCUGAUCUUUACCGAGGAAGUGUGGGCCGCAUUGGACAAGAGAUUGAGCGAUUGGAAAAGUCAAUUCCACACUGGCUUGGCGAACUUCUUCUCAAGAAUCAAAUCCCAUUCAAAGAACAAGUCAAGAUUGCUUUCAUUUUGAAGCCUUUGGAUGACUUGUUGCCACCAGUCGUCAAACCUGAAGUCGCGACUGCAAACGGAGGGCCACCGCCCCUUAAUCCCAAUGGUAUUAACAGUUCCCGGCUGAAUGCAAAUCGGAUGUUACGUGCCAAGAAGGUGCUAGCAUACGUGGCUGAACGCAUUGAUCCAUCGAACCCUGAUGAUCCGGAGGAUAGUGUCAUGCCGGCGGAGGAGUAUCUUGAGCUGUACUGCCAGAAGACUUUAUGUCCACCAAACAUGACUCUCGCUACCAUCCGCUCAUGUCUCUGGCGUACUUCAGGUGACAUGAUUCUGUACUACAAGGCAAACGGCAAGAAGGAGAUUCGAUCCCCUCCAUCUUUGACUAGCCACAAUGGAAAUUAUGGGUUCAACGGGGAGACCGGAGCUCUAAAUGGGAAACGCCACGCCCCUCCUGGCAGCAUCCACUCAAUGACCAAUUCAGGGUCUGUUUCUGGAUCGGUAGUCACCUAA